AUGCCAGCAGAAUCUGCACUGGGGGGUAUCAUGAAACCGUCCUACUACUGGGCAGUAUGGGGCCUUCAACGACCACCAUGGGGAUGCACACGACCGCGGGCACCAUUCAAACGACGAAACUUCUCUGUCGCUGUUCAGCUGCAGGCUGCGGCGGUGGUCAAGGUUCCUACCAUGGCCGAAUCUAUCUCUGAAGGCACACUGAGUGCGAUGUUGAAGAAGGUCGGGGACUUCGUUGAGGUGGACGAAGAAAUUGCCACCAUCGAAACCGACAAGAUUGACGUUUCGGUACUUGCUCCAGAAGCUGGAAUCCUCCGAGAGAUCUUUGUGAACGAAGGAAGCACGGUGACUGUCGGAGAACAAAUCGCCCGGAUUGAGAUUGACCUGGGACGACCACUUUCGAAGGAAGACACAUCAGCACGACCAGGGGAUGUUUUGGGGAUUUCAGAGGCUUUGACUGGAGAGAUUGUUGCGCCUGAACUGACAAAACCGUCUCACCAGCCCAUUGACCCCAUCGAAGAACCAAAAUUAGCGACUCCUACACCUACACCACGGAAGCUCACCAACGUGGAGCCUGAGCUAAACCCUGCUGGCUCGACAGCCGCUCCCUCCAUGCCUGACGAUCGCGGUAAAAGAAGCGUUAAAAUGAGUCGAAUGAGGAUGACCAUAGCAGACCGUCUGAAGCAGUCCCAGAAUACGGCGGCAUCACUAACCACUUUCAACGAAGUCGACGUAUCUGCCCUGGUGAAAUUGAGGCGCAAAUACAAGGAUGAGAUCCUUGAAUCGCAUGGUGUCAAGAUCGGUUUCAUGGGUGCUUUUACCAAAGCCGCAACAUUGGCCCUGAAGGCGUUUCCCCAGGUUAACGCGUCCAUCGAAACGGACGAACAGGGUGACGCUAUGGUGACCUACAGGGACUAUGUCGACAUCAGCGUCGCCGUAUCCACCCCCAAAGGUCUCGUGACGCCAGUUGUCCGUAACUGUGAGAGACUGAGUGUGGUGGAGAUUGAGCGGGCAAUCGCACACUAUGCGCAAAAGGCUCGAAACGGUCGGAUUACCAUGGACGACCUGGCAGGCGGCAACUUCACCAUCAGCAAUGGAGGCGUUUUCGGGUCAAUGAUGGGCACUCCUAUCAUCAAUCUGCCUCAGACGGCAGUACUGGGUGUCAAUGCCAUCAAAGAAAGGCCUGUGGCUAUCGACGGGAAGGUUGAGAUUCGACCUAUGAUGUAUCUUGCACUCACCUAUGAUCACCGACUAAUUGACGGCCGUGAAUCGGUGGGAUUCCUGGUCAAGCUCAGAGACUACCUGGAGGACCCAGUCCGGAUGUUACUAGAAUAA